UCAUGACUUUGUCUCCUCUAUCAUUUUCCCUAUAGUUAAGAUGGAAAUUUAGUGUAGUAAAAAGAUGAAUAGUUGACAGUCCAAGUGUGCUGGCAGGAGUCAACUGAGACACAAAUCAUUACAUAUCUAAUUACACUGCCACCACAAACAAAGCCAACAAUUUUCAUUUGAUCUCUAUUUGAAUCGUUUCAAUUGAUCUUGCACAAUACAUAUCCAAGUAUGAGUGAUCAGGUCAACACAGCUGAUGCCACUAUUGCUCUCUCUGCUGAGGAUCGUGCAGAUCUUGUCAAUGCCAUCAAGAAUAAGCUUCAUGAUUUGACAAGGGAUCACUCUGCUUUUCUCGAUAAAUUUCCGAAAAACAUUAGGAUGCGUGUUGAUGUCCUCAGAGAUAUUCAGAGCCAAUAUAAUGAAUUAGAGGCACAGUACCUUGAGGAGAAGGCAGCUCUGGAAGCAAAGUUCCACAAGUUGUAUGAGCCACUUUACAACAAGCGAUGUGAGAUUGUGAAUGGCGUGGGUGAAGCUGGAGAUGAAAGUACAGUAGGAGAAGAAACAAAUGAAUCAGCAGGAGAUAAAGGUAUUCCCCAUUUCUGGUUGUUGGCAAUGAAAAAUAAUGAAAUAAUCGCGAAAGAGAUUACUGAGAAAGAUGAAGAUGCCCUCCAGUAUCUCAAAGAUAUCAAAUGGAAUAGACUUGAUGAUGCCAAUGGUUUUAAGCUUGAGUUCUUUUUUGAGACAAAUCCCUAUUUCAGCAACAAUGUGCUGACAAAGACGUAUCACAUGAUCAGCGAAGAUGAACAUAUUCUAGAGAAUGCAAUAGGGACAGAGAUAGAAUGGUUUCUGGGGAAAUGUUUGACACAGAAGAUCCUAAAGAAGAAGCCAAAGAAAGGAUCCAACGAUACGAAGCUAAUCAUAAAAACUGAGGAAUGUGAAAGUUUCUUUCAUUUUUUUGAUCCACCUCAACUACCUGAGGAUGCAGAAGAACUUGAUGAGGAAACUGCUGAAUUGCUUCAAGGUCAGAUGGAACAAGAUUAUGAGAUUGGGUCCACCAUUCGAGAAAAGAUUAUUCCUCAUGCUGUGUCUUGGUUUACUGGAGAGGCCGUUCCCAUUGAUGACGACGAAGAAGAAGGUGAUGAUGACGAGGAAGAGGAAGAUUAUGUGGAAGAGAAUGAUGAAGAAGAGGAUGAUGAGAAUGAGGAUGAGAAAGGCAAUGAAGAAAAUGUUAAAGAAAAGCAUUAAGGAUGGCAGUGAAGAAACUAGAGGACAGUAAGAGGUCUCAGACGCUGAAUUGAACCUCUGUUGUGAUUGUAUUGCGGAAACCAUUUGCUAAAUUUAUAGAUUUUAUUUAUUUAUUUGUUUAUUGUUUAUUUGUCUUGUAUGUUUUGUCUAAAAUAGAUUUGACUGUAUAUUUUUGAACAAGCUGGGUUAUGAGCUUGCAAUUUUGAAUUUCUAAUAUUGGAUACUGUA